AACAAAACAAAAAGAAAUAUCUAGACAUGUUGGGUUACACAAAUGACCUGUAUCUGAUGACGUGGUGAGAGUUGUGUGGUGGAUGAAAUAUCAGAAAAAUCACCGGAGAGGGGGACGCAAAGCUUGGGAAAAGCGCAAUCACCAUGUCUAGCUCCGUGGCGAGCGAAGGUACAGACAGGACACAGCACAGCACCCGAGAACAAAGCCUCUGAGAUUAGUGAAAGUGACCCUUAAGCUAACGGACAAACCCAAAUCUCCUUACGAUUUCCAUCUGGUCAAUCAAUAUCCCAAAGGAUUCGCUUUCAGAUCUUCGUCCUUCCCUUAAAUUCCUUCCCAACCCUUCUCUGUUUCCCUGCUUGGGUCUUCUCGUUUCAUUUCCUCAGUUGGCUAGUCUAUGAGAGGUCUAUGGCUGUGUCAUUUGCACCUGUAGAGAGUGUGGCAUCAUUGAGCAGUGAUCUCUGCUACGAUAUAUUAAGGCGUCUUGAUGGUCAAACUUUGGCAAGUGCAGCCUGUGCUUGUGCAUCAUUCUGUUCUAUAUCAAAAGAAGAAAAAUUAUGGGAAAAUGUGUGUUCUUCUAUGUGGCCUUCAACCAAUAGGGAAGAUGUCAAAAGUUUAAUAUCAUCCAUCGGUGGAUUCAGAAAGUUCUAUGCAGAUUGUUUUCCCCUUAUUGUGAACAAGGAAGUCACUGAGAACCAAUGGAACAACUAUCCUGAGUACCCUGAAGAAUGGACUGAGGCUGAAUACUACGGUGACACAGAUGAAUUUGAAAGUGUUUUGCCCUCAGAUUUUGUUUCCCUUGUGGAUAUCAGCUACAAAGAUAAAAUAAUUUGCUCAAAAGUUCUUUGGGGCAUUCCAAAUGCAAAUGGCUUUGAUGGUUGGUUUUACAAUUGCCCAUUUCGGAUUGAUCUUCUAAAUUAUGCAGAUAGAGAUGAUGAGAAUGAUGGUGAGGUUAAACUUUCUGUUUCUGAUGGUCUGCCACGAAUUGCAUCUAUGGAAAGAGAAAGGAAAGAUGGAAAGCUAUGGCGGGAGCUUCGUGAUGGACUCCGGCUUAGCUGGAUUGUUGUGAACAGAAAAAUAAAUCAAGCUGCUAAUCUUGCCAGCUGGAGCCCUCUUGGUGGACAAAGGCAUUGGCCAACAGACAAGGAUUUUGUGUUACGCUUUGGAUCUGUCCUUCCUGCCAAAGACAUUCUUCCAUGUCAAGUUGUGGAAUGCAUCCUUAGUAUGAAAUUCAGAGUGACCCAUACUGAGGGAGAGGGCGUUCAGACAAGUCUCAAGUUAACUGAGCUAAGCAUGCAGUUGGAAGACAUGGAAGGUGCCCAUGUUAAUGGAAGAAACAGUUUGCUUAUCCUGAAAGAAGCACUGAGCUGCCGUAGGAGCAAAAAUUACAGUGAAGUUCUAGAGUCUUGUCAUUUAUACUCAAAAGUGCAGAGCGAGUUAAAAGAGGAGAAGAUAAGAAAUGAAAGCAGGUUAGACAGACUGUGUAUCCUUAGUGGCAUUGCUGCAUUCAUAAUGUUCUGGUACUGCAUAUUAUAAACGGAAGUUUUUCCAUUUUAACACGUUGGCUGAAAAUGCUGUAACAGACUUUCAAUGUUUGUAAUUUUCUCUGAUGUAGAUAUUCAAUUUUGCUCCAACUUAUAA